GAAUUACCCCGAUUAGAUACCAACAGAUACCUGGAACUGCCUGUAAAGAACAAGAAUCGGGAGUGAAGAAAUCAAGUGGUUUAUACUAACCCUUGAUAAAGAUAGUUGAUGUUAGAUAUUGUGAAGUCUUUAGCCUUCUAAAAAAGCGCGCUCUUGUUGAGCGUGCUAUACGUUUUCAGAAAUUUGCGAUGGCUAGCCCAAGGACACGGCGAGUGCUAAUGGAUGUCAAGAAAGCAAAUGCGAACCAUUUGUGUUUCGAAUGUGGGUCGCCAAAUCCUCAGUGGGCUAGCGUUACAUAUGGCAUAUGGAUUUGUUUAGAAUGUUCGGGAAAACACCGUGGAUUGGGCGUUCAUUUAAGUUUUGUUCGCUCAGUUAAUAUGGAUAAAUGGAAGGAACUGGAAUUGGAAAAAAUGAAAGUUGGAGGCAAUAGGCAUGCUAAGGAGUUUUUCGUCUCCCAACCUGAUUACAGACCGCAGUGGAGUUUUCAAGAAAAGUAUAAUAGUAAAGCUGCCGCUUUGUUGAGAGAUAAGAUUGCAACUGAAGCGUCCGGUGAGGAAUGGGAUGAGGAAGCCGCUAAUGCACGUAAUAAUAAAUCUGUCAGUAUAAGUCAUGUAAAAACAACCAGUGAUCUGCCAUCCUUAUCUUCAGAUAGACGAAACCUUCAUAACAAUAAUAAUAAUGAUUAUCAAAAUUCUGACUAUCAUCCUGGACUAAACAAAAUGACCAAUUGUCAUUCAGAUUUGGAGUCCUGGUUAAGGAAUACAACCUUGUCGGAAGAGCGUAGCUCAUCUACGACAUCAGAAACUAAUACCGCUUCUACAGAUACACGUUAUAAUAAAGUUCCAGAGUGGGCUGACUGUGGGUCCAUGAAUGAUAAUAGUGAAUAUAAGGACUCUUCUUCGAGACAUUAUUCAUUGGUACCUGGAAGAUAUGAUCAGUACUCAUGGCAGUCGGGUUGGGCAAUGGUUAGUCAAGUGGCUUCAGUAGCUGCUAAACGUACUAGUCAAUUAGCAUUUCAAGCAACACAAAAAACCAAAGAACUAACUCAAUCGGUUCAGGAAAAGGUUAAAGAUAGCAAUAUUUUGGAUUCAUUAUCAAAAGGUGUCGAUACAGUCACUUCAAAGUUUCAAACAGUGAAAACUCAGGGAAUUCGAAGUCUUGAAUCAUAUUGGGCUAGUAAUCCUGAGUCAGAUUUGUCUACUGGAAAUUUCGACAAAUCAUAUGGGUCUACUCGCUUCAGUAAUCAUGGACAAGAUUGUUCCGGUUCAGUGAUCGUCGAGCGACAUCUACAACAUAGGACUGAUUCGUUUGAUGCAAGCGGCACAAGAGAAGCCCCAUUGUCAAAUACUAAUUGGAAUUCCAAUGAAACUUGUGACUGGGAUCUAAGCAGUGAUCAUGGAUGGGGAUCGGCUGACGGUGAUGGUUGGUUUACUUCUACGGGUGAUGAGUCAGUUGUUCGACACAAUCCAAAGUUUGAAAAUAAUGACUGUAAUCGAAGAAGCCGUAAAAAUUCUUAGAAUCAGUAAAUUGUCAUUUCAAAUUCUCUUUAUCUUCUACUGUUUUUUCUUUUUUUGUUGCUUGAACUGAACAAGAUGGUCACCUGUCUUGCUUGUGGAAAUUUCUUCUACUUGAAAAAAUUAUUUAUCUUAUCUUUUCUUUAAAAUAUUGUGUAAUUUGUUAUCAAUUUGAAAAGAAAAGAAACAAUUUAAUUUACUGUGUAUUUCGGUAUCAAUAAAGGCAUCUGUUGUCGGUACGACGUGAUGGUGUGCAUUUUAUAUGUAGAUAACAUGAAUGGGUUUGCUUAUUUGCAAACUACUUUGCUUUUUUCAGUAUAUAGAAAUUUGAACGUGUUGGAUAUUUCAAAAAAGACAUAUUUUGAUUGAUGGAUUGUCUUCCGUUUUGUAGCGAAAUAAAUUUUUCCUACCUAUAGCAAGUAGUAAUAGUGCAUCGUGUAGCUUGAAUACGGUUUUUGUCGACCUAGGCAUUCUAAUUCAAUACCAAAUGCUUUGUCAAAGAUUUCCAAAGUUGGGAAGAAUUCGAAAUUGGCUUUGAUAAGUUUCAACCGCCAAAAAUGACAACAAUUCCAAUUCAUGCCUAAUUAAUUUUGAC